GCACCGUUUCGAUACUAGAGGCAGAUCAAGCAGGAAGGGCUAGGCGUGUGAAAUUCUCUUAAGUUACUGUAUCUAACGAAACGGACAUUGUGAAGUUUUUAUUAUUGAUUAUUUAAGUAAUAUCUUUAAUUAUUUUAAUUUAUACUUAAUAGCGUCAUAUAGCCAGCUAUGGCCGAUAUCGACAAGAUUAACAUAGACAGUAUCAUACAGCGCCUUUUGGAAGUGAGAGGGUCAAAGCCUGGUAAGAACGUUCAGCUCCAGGAGAACGAGAUUCGUGGUCUCUGCCUCAAGUCCCGUGAGAUCUUCCUCAGCCAGCCAAUCCUGCUGGAGCUGGAGGCGCCCCUAAAAAUCUGCGGUGACAUCCACGGCCAGUACUACGACCUCCUGAGGCUGUUUGAGUAUGGUGGCUACCCACCCGAGAGCAAUUACCUGUUCCUGGGGGACUAUGUGGACCGAGGGAAACAAUCUCUGGAGACCAUCUGCCUACUGCUGGCCUACAAGAUCAAGUUCCCAGAAAACUUCUUCCUGCUGAGGGGGAAUCACGAGUGUGCCUCCAUCAACAGGAUAUAUGGCUUCUACGAUGAGUGCAAGAGGCGCUACAACAUCAAGCUGUGGAAGACGUUCACCGACUGCUUCAACUGUCUCCCCAUUGCUGCCAUCGUGGAUGAAAAGAUCUUCUGUUGUCACGGAGGCCUGUCUCCAGACCUCCAGUCCAUGGAGCAGAUCCGCCGGAUCAUGAGGCCCACAGACGUGCCUGACCAGGGGCUGCUGUGCGACCUGCUAUGGUCCGACCCAGACAAGGACGUCCUUGGCUGGGGUGAGAACGACCGCGGCGUGUCCUUCACCUUCGGGGCGGAGGUGGUGGCCAAGUUCCUGCACAAGCACGACCUGGACCUGAUCUGCCGGGCCCACCAGGUUGUGGAAGAUGGCUAUGAGUUCUUCGCCAAGAGGCAGCUGGUGACCCUGUUCUCUGCGCCUAACUACUGCGGAGAGUUUGACAACGCAGGGGCCAUGAUGAGCGUGGAUGAGACCCUCAUGUGCUCCUUCCAGAUUUUAAAACCAGCGGAGAAAAAGAAGCCCAACUCAAGCAGACCAGUCACGCCGCCUCGGAACAUGGUCACAAAACAAGCAAAAAAAUAGGCCAACGAGGGGGGCGGGGGGUGUGGUGGCGACGCCCAUGGUGGACUUGUAUCAUACGAUCUUCAUUUGUUCGCUUGGAAUUAUUUGUUAUUUUUGUUUCUCGGUGGUCACUCGAACUCGAACUGCUGGCUGCAUCUUUUUUUUUUUAAUUUUGAUUGACUAGAAGAAGCAGCUCUCGACUGACUGACUGACUGACUGGCGGACUCAUUUACUGACUCUGUCCGACUGCCUGAGUGUGAAGCUCCUGCAGUAGCAACAUUUCACUACGAGAGGGCAAAAAGUAGCCACAGCUGUUGAACAGUGCCUGUUCACUUUUCUUUUUUUAAAUUAUAUUUCAUCCCUGCUUCAGCAGUAAAGAGCCUGCUGCUUCAGAAUACAGGAUGAAAGUGUUUUAUUUUAUUUUGUUUAUAUUUUACAGGCUGAAUGGCUGUUUAUCUCAAAAGCGCAUUUUAAAAUCCAUUCAGGUUGAUGCAUUUAAGUCUGUGCCACAUGACGGAGCAGUCGCUCAGCACUCCAGAACAGCAGGUCACACACCGUGAUACUCAGGGCUGAGAAAAUGGCCAUAAUUGACAGGAUGCAAACGAUCCAAACCCCGCCCUCCUUGCCCCCAACAGCCAAUCCAAUCUCACUUUAAAUUAUGGAAACUUUUUCCAAGCAAAAUUCUUACCACUGUGAAAAAAAAUCUUAUACACUUGAGGAUGAAGCAAAAAGCUUUUAUGAUAAAAAAUGGAUUUUAGAUUAGAAGGGUUCUUUUUUCCACAUCUGUCUUGUGUCUUUGUCAUCAUUAUUUAACCGAUAGAUUCCCCAUCUGUCACAGUAGCAUCAGUGAAGUGCGAUCUAAUUUUUUUUAUAUAUAUAUAUGAAAUACUUCCUGUACUGUACUCUUCAAAUGAAUAAAGUCAUUUUCAUAAUGUCUGUCUCUUCCUACCAUUAAUGUUUUUGCUAGGCUAAAUUUAAGGGGGAUUUUAAGAAUUUCGUCACCUUUUAAAUUCAACUCUAGUCAAUGAUAAAGCUGCGUGAGCAUUUUCACUGCAGUGGAAUGAAAUCAGCUCAAGACACACAAACUCUUAGCAGUGAGGUUUCUGUAGCUUUGAUUUUGUAAGUGAACGUUUGAAUUUCAUGCUUAAACAAGAUGCCUUUUCAGUUGUUUGCUUUUUUGUUCAGGAAAUGGAAUGAGUAGAAGUUUGAGUUUAAUGUAAGAAUCAUCUGCUCUGAGUAAGAGUAAUUGGCAUGUGGUGAGAACUCAAGGACUUUCUGUUGCAUGCAUCUAAAUGUAAGAAAUUUAAGCACAUGGCCUUUUUCUGUUCUCAAGGCAUGUACGUUUUAGCAUGUCUUCAGAUAAUGUAGCUUUUAUUCAGGUAUCUGUAAUUUGUAACUAUAACUUUGAAUAUUUGAAAUUUAUAAGUUUCAUUUGAACUUCAUUGUGUAUCAUUAAACCCACUAUGUAUAUAUGUUUUUGUUUUAGUCUUGG